AUGCCCGACCUAUAUGCCGUUCUAGAAGUGGAUCUGUCGGCGACAGAAAUUGAAAUAAAAAAGGCCUACAGAAAGCUCGCCCUAAAGUAUCACCCAGAUAAGGUAGGUGAAGAAGAAAGAGAGACAGCAGAGAUCAAGUUCAAGGAGGUGUGCCAUGCCUACGAAGUCUUGAGCGACGAAAAGAAAAGAGCAGAUUAUGACCUCUACGGUGACUCUGAUCCGAUGGACCGUGGCGAGGCCAAUGGUCAUCCGUUUGGUCAGUCGUAUGGAGCCCACAGAGAGUAUAAUGCCGAGGAUUUCUAUGAUUUCUUCAAUAACAUGGGUGGCCACGGCGCUGCUAGGGGACCUGCUCAAAAGGAAAAAACCGACGAUGCCGAAAUCUUUAUAGAGGUGACGUUGGAGGACCUCUUCAAGGGAAGAGUGGUGAAAGUGACCAGUACCAGAAACAUACUCUGUGGAAGCUGCCACGGCACCGGAGCAAAGAAGGCAGCUAAAAUGAAAUCGUGUCCUUCUUGUGAAGGUAAAGGUAGCACCCAAAGAAUCAAGAGACUCGGACCCGGUAUGGUUGUUCAGGAACAAAUCAGAUGCACAUCCUGUGACGGCACCGGCAAGAUCUUCUCGGCUAAGAAUGCUUGUAAAACAUGCAAGGGCACGAAGGUUGUGGAGGAGACGAAAAUCUUGGAGUUUGAGAUUGCCCCUGGCUCGCCCAACGAGGGAAAUAUCGUUCUUGAAGGUGAAGCUGACCAACAUCCUUCAAUGGAAACAGGCGACGUUGUGCUCAAGUACACUUGCAAGAAGCACGAUGUGUUUACUCGCCGUGGCGACGAUCUUUUUGCCAAAUACAAGAUUCCCUUGGUGGAUGCACUUUCGGGAUUUUCAAGGGUUGUCUGCCAACACUUGGACGGUAGAGCCAUGCAUGUUACUACGCCCAAAGGCAAGGUUAUUCGUCCCGGCCACCUAAUCAAACUUCCUGGAGAAGGUAUGCGCCGUGAAAAACAAGGCACGUUCAGCAAGCUCAUGGGCGCCUCCUACGGUGAUUUAUACAUCGAUGUCGACAUUGAAUUCCCCAAGGACAACUGGUACUUGGAGUUGAACGACAUCACCAAGCUCAAAAACGUUCUCCCCAACGACCUACAGAGCAAAUCAGACAUCAAAAAGCAACAAGUUCCUUCGCUGUCGUUGCCCGAGGCUAAUAUAGAAUAUGUGGAGAAGGUGACAUUGGCCACGGCAGAUGCUCUUCCUUCUUAUGAAGAACCACAGCAGAGCAAGCCAAAUGGCCACGCUUAUGCCCAGGAGAACUUCUUCUACGAAGAUGCAGAGCCCGAGUGCACUACUCAAUAG